CCGUGUCACGUCAGCGUCUACCGAGCCCACUAAAGAGGUCAGCAGGGUACGUCUACCGAUUCUAUUCAGCCACAGUCUGCUAGCGUAGCGGCCUAUCGCCACGCUCGAAACCAUGAACCGCGAGAAAGGAGACAUCGGAGGAGAGUCCCUUAGCUCCAGCCCGCAGUCUUCGGGUCCUUCGGGUGGUGCUCCGCCCACCUUGCAAGCGCCUACUCCCGCGCCGCGCCGCUCCUUUUCUUACAAAAAGAAGGACUUCGACGUUCGGCGUGCCGUCGUGACCUGGUUCAGCGAACAGCUCAAGCACGCACAGCCAUGGAAGCAAUUCGCGGACACCACGAAGUUUUCUAUGCCGAGUUCGACCCUGGAGGUCGCCGACCGGAUCCGAUCGAACGUGGGUCGCUUCCUCAUUAACUACGGAGCCCUUUUCAUCGUCAUCCUGGUGGGCCAAGUCGUGUCCAGCCUGAAACUCGUGGGGUACUUCACGGUGGCAUGCGCAGUGUUCGUCGCGCUCAAGCUGCACCGGGACGACGAGACGGCGGCCGUGUGUGGUCUCGUGCUCGACAAAAACGAGAGGCUGGGCGUGGCGGCACCGGUGGCCCUGCUGCUUCUGUACACCUCGGGCAUCUGGUCCGCCGUCGUGUGGUCCUUUCGAGCCACCGUGGUGGUCGGCGCCGUACAUGCCACUCUGUAUGCCGGGCCUCCCAACAAGUUCGACGAAACGCUGCCGGACAUUCCAGAGAAAGGCGAUAACACGAAUAGCCCGUGAGUAAAACGGCUGUCUUUUGUGUUCAA